GACCUCAAAUAUCACGCUGACCGGUCGUGAUCAUCAGAAAGUAGCAUGGCGGUCGGCUAGGCACCUGUUUCAUUUAUUUUAGCCGAUUUCGUAGAGAUUGCGCUGUAGAUAGUGAAAAAAUUGUGAAGUCAUGGUGUUUAAAGGACUCCUCAGCUCAGCCAGGGUGUUUUGUAAGCAGUCCUUGGAAGCACAAGGGAGAAAUCGACCCUUCUUUCGAGACGAAUUUUCUGUGGUCUGGGAUGUCUCUGCGAGAAUCUGCAGGAACCCAGCCUUGAGACGAGUCGCUCUUUGUUGCAAUGAAAAACUGAACAUUUUAGGGGAAGGUUUUGCGAAGCAGUGUAACGCCCUGGUGGCCCUGAGAGUGCGUAGAACAGCUCAAAUUUUGUAUUUGUACAACAGAUUGUAUAACGAAAAGACAUUGAAAUUCGUCGUCUCCACGUUUGGACAGCAGUUUUUACACAACGUGAAAGGACGGCCGCUGAACUUCUUGUUUGGAGCAUGUUUGUUUUCAUGGGUUAACGAGAAAGUCACGGACAGUGAAUUAGAUGAGUGCGCCAGUGACCUCCAUUACAUCCAGUUUGAUCCAGCGCGGCGACGGGAUUCUUCCCUGGCUUCAGAAAAAUGGGAACAAAUAAUCGAGAGAGAACACUUGCAGGUUUGGAGGAAACCUGUACCGGACAGUUAUCGAUAUGAAUACAAGGUCUGUGGCAGGUACUUUGAUAUUCCUCCAAGAGCUUUUUUCAGUAUUCAGACGGAUCUUGAGUACCGGAAACAGUGGGAUCGUCUCGUGAUAAAGUUGGACCGCGUUGACAGAGAUGAGGAGUCUGGGUCAGAAGUCAUUCACUGGAUCAUGCACUAUCCGUAUCCAAUGUAUGCGCGAGAAUACGUCUUCCUACGGAGGAUUCGGAUUGAUUCUGAAUCUAAGACAAUGGUGCUUGUAUCCCGAGCCACUCAUCAUCCAGAGUUUCCUGAAAAUAAAAAAUAUGUCCGUGUCAACACAUACAACUCUAAGAUGGUGAUAAAGGCGCAUAAUGGCUUUGACGAGAAUGGAUUUGAUUACAUCCUGACGUACUCUGAUGAUCCCCAGUCUGCUAUACCAUCAGGAGCUUACAACUGGAUGGCCAGCACAGGAGUCCCAGACUUUGUAGACAAACUUCACUUGGCGGCAAAGAAACUUCAUGAGAGUAAACAUGGCAAGCGUGGACGGACGGGUAUCGCAGACGGAAACGAUGUACCGUGUUAUUCAUAAAAUGGACAAUCCAUGCGCCAGCUUCAUGUUGAUAGGCAGAAAUCACAAGUCUCCUAAUAUAUUUCUACAGAAAUAUAAUGCAUGUCUUCUCGAGUUAAUUAAUCAGCUUGAAGAGAAAGUUAUUGGUUUUUAAACGUGCAUUUAUAUGCAUUGAACAUCGUGUAACAUUCAAUCAUAGUAGAGGAGGUGCUUUUAUAUCUGCCUGCAACUACAAUUUUGCAGAAUGCAUUUUUCAUGAUUCACAGCGACUUGCUUCUUCUCAUAUUAGAACACCUAUAUUCAAAAUUUGUUGACUUUCGCAGCAAUUUCAAGUUUUAAUUGAGUUAAAUGACGUGCUAUGAAAUGUAUUCAAGGCUCCCUACUAGUUUUUCAGUAAAACUUUACUUCUCAUAAGUGGCUCCUGACUGGUUUUACAGUAUACCCUCUAAGGAUGCUCUCGAUUGGUUUUGUAGUGGUUUUGCAGUAGAAUAUUUUGGGAGGCUCCUGAGUGGUUUUACAGUAGAAACUCAUCUUGCCAGGCUCCUGGCUGAUGUUACGUAUGCACAGUGUGAACAAGUCCAGAUCUUUCUCGGCCCGAAACGUCUGAUGAAUUGUGAACUAAUUGCCUCGGCUAAGAUAUAGUGAAAGUCUUAGUUGUUCUCUAGUCAAACAGACUCCAAGCUCCCUUGUAGAUAAGAUUGAUGUACAGUAAUUAUGGGUUUUCAAGUGUACUUUGUCUUGUCUGGUUUUGCAUGUCUUUCCUUUGUGAGGACAAUAAACUGUU